AUGGGUGACAACACACCUCUCCCGCCACCUGUCGCCACUGAGGACGAAGAAGACGUUCUGCUGGCCGACGAAGCGUGGGUAGAGCCUCCCGUCCGUAUUGACUACGGGACUAAUGUCAAACUGGGGAAGAAUGUCUUCAUCAACUUUGGCUGCGUGAUCCUUGACACUUGUCAAGUUACCAUCGGUGAUAGAACGCUAUUUGGCCCCAACGUGCAGCUGUACUCUGGUACUCAUCCGUUAGAUCCUGAAGUGAGAAACGGUACCCAGGGUCCGGAGAUGGGUGGCGAGAUCCACAUUGAAGAGGACUGUUGGAUUGGCGGUCAGGUGGUUGUUCUGCCUGGUGUAACGAUUGGUAAGGGCAGUGUUGUCGGAGCUGGUAGCAUCGUAACGAAGGUAUCUUCCAAACAACUGACGAUUGCAGGACGUGCCGCCGUAUACGGUGGUUGCUGGCAAUCCCGCAAGAAAGCUUAA